AUGGCAAAUCCUCAACCUGAUAUUCAGAGUAUCCUGGCCGCACUCGCGUCGCAGCGGCCGACAGGGACCCCAACCCAGACACCACCCGGCGCUCCCAACCAGGCAUACCCUCCCCCGCCUGCGUCGGCGCAACCUGCGGCCACAUACCAGCCGCCCCCUCCAAACUCCAGCAGCUAUGGCGCACCUGGCUACAAUGGCCUCCCCGCCCCAUCAUCCAGCGGAAACCUCGACCUGAGCUCGAUUCGACCUGUCAACUCAGGAACUUUGAGUAUUGCUGACGCGAUUGCUCAAGCCAAGGCUUACGCCGCCGAAAAGGGCGUGACAUCCUACGAUCGACCCCUUGUCUAUGCCUCCGAAUCACGAGGACCUGAUCGGGGAUACAACCGCUCAAGGUCACGAUCACCCGUUCGCGAUGAGUUCCGCGAUGGUGUGAAUCCGUACAGAGAUGAGCGACGUGGCGGCGACAGAGGUUCGCAUGGCCGGGGCUAUGGUCGAGAUCGUUCUUAUUCGCCAGGCCCUCGUGGUCGGAACUUCUCCCCUCGGGGAAACAAUGGACGCGAGAGGUCUCCCUUGAGAGGAGGUGACGACAACUCGGAGACCAUUGAGAUCGAUUCAAGCCUUGUAGGCCUCAUCAUCGGUAGACAAGGAGAGAAUCUUAGACGCAUAGAGUCUGAAUCCAACUGCCGAGUCCAGUUUCUGGCCGCUACCGACGGGGGUCCGCAUAGGCUGUGCAAGAUCUCUGGGCCCCGGCACCGUCGUGCUGAAGUGAAGGAUGCCAUUAACCGUAUUAUUGACGAUAGCGGAAUGGGCGCCCUCAACCGCCCCGAAAAGCCUCGCGACCCCAACAAGGGCGGUGCUGCGGCUCUACGCGAAGGGGAGGACCACAUGCAGAUCAUGGUUCCUGAUAGGACUGUUGGUUUGAUCAUUGGACGUGGAGGUGAAACUAUCCGUGACCUUCAAGAGCGAUCCGGCUGCCAUAUCAACAUCGUUGGCGAAUCUAAGAGUGUAAACGGAUUACGGCCUGUGAAUCUCAUCGGCACGCGCGAAGCUGCCGCCCGCGCUAAGGAUUUUAUCAUGGAGAUUGUCGACAGUGACAGUCGAGGUGACGCGCCGCCGCCUGUGAAAAGGUUGGGAGGUGGAGGAGCAGCUCCUGGAAGUCGUCAUGAUGGUUCUCAGAGGGAUGCGGGAGGUUCUGGUGGCCCCGACAAGAUCAAUGAUGCUGUAUAUGUGCCUUCAGAUGCGGUAGGUAUGAUCAUAGGAAAGGGCGGCGAGACGAUCCGGGAGAUGCAGAACACCACCGGAUGCAAGAUCAACGUUGCUCAAUCUUCUGGUCCCGGCGAGACUCAGAGGGAGAUUGCCCUGAUCGGUUCGCGAGAUAGUAUCGCGCGAGCUAAGCUUGCCAUUGACGAGAAGGUGGAUGCAGUGCGCCAGAAAGGCAGUGGCCCCCGUGGUGGUGGUGGUGGUGGUAGUGGCAGUGGCCGUGGACAUCAAGAUCAUGACAGGCCCAGCUACUCUCAAGCGCAAGGCUCUAGUGUCCCUACUAAUCAGCCCCCCCAACCAACUGCAGCUGAUGGAUCCGAUCCCUACGCCCAAUAUGGUGGUUACCAAAACUACCUCGCGCUGUGGUAUCAAUCCUUGAUGUACCAACAACAGCAAGGCGGGCAAGGUGCCCCCCCUUCUGGUGCUCCUGCACCCGGAGCAUAA